CCUGAAAAAACACUUUGAGGGCUUUCCUAAGCAAAGUGACUUUGAGCUGAGAGAAGAAGUUCUGCCGGAGCUCAGAGAUGGAGAUGUGCUUGUGGAGGCGGUUUAUUUCAGUGUUGAUCCAUACAUGAGGUGUGUUUUUUUCCUAAUGGAAAUUAUUUUGGAAACGUUCUUGGCUGGACAUCCUCGAAACCUUCGUAUCACUACGUUGUUCUUAUGAAUAUAUCGCUACCACUCUUAAGAGCUUUAAGUAAAAUGUGGAUGAAAGAGGGAGAUGUGCAGUAUGGAACUCAGCUGGCAAAGGUACUGAAAAGCAAGGACCCAGCUUUUCCUGAGGGGUGUCAUGUACUUGGUGAAUGUGGAUGGAGGUCACACACUGUAACCAAAGCGAAGGGGCAAAAUGGUCCCAUCCUGACCCGAAUAGUACCCGAAUGGCCCAGAGACAUUCCAAUGUCUUUGGCUCUUGGCUCCUUAGGGAUGCCUGGUUUAUCUGCCCUGUAUGGCCUGGAGGAGGUAUGUAAGGUACAGCCUGGUGAAACAGUGCUAGUCAGUGCAGCAGCAGGUGCCGUAGGUUCAAUGGUGGGUCAAAUCUGCAAGAUCAAAGGCUGCAAGGUGGUGGGCUCAGCAGGGAGCGAUGACAAGGUGGCAUACCUGAAGGAGCUGGGCUUUGACAAGGUCUUCAACUAUAAGACUGUCUCCUCGCUGGAGGAGGCACUGAAGAAAGCUUCACCUGAAGGAUUUGACUGCUACUUUGAGAAUGUUGCAGGGCCUUUCUUCACUGCAGCACUGCAUAACAUGAAGCCGGGUGGUCGUAUUGCUGUGUGUGGGGCAAUAGCGAUAUACAAUGACACAACACCACAAAUGUGUCCUUAUCCUCACCAUUGGAUAAUUACUCAACAACUUAAGAUAGAAGGAUUCAUGGUGUCACAGUGGAAACACAAAGAUGAAGAUUCUGUGAAAAUACUGCUCAAAUGGAUGAAAGAGGGUAAGCUGAAGACCAAGGAAGUGAUCACUGUGGGCUUUGAAAACAUGCCUGCUGCCUUCAUGAGGAUGCUAAAGGGAGAUGGAAUUGGAAAGGCUAUUGUUAAAGUGUGAAGGAAGACUCAAUCAAUGGCAAUACAUUAAGAUAUGUAUCACUGUUGUAAAUCAGAAUUAAUAACUCAACCGUAUGCAUAUAACCAAAACACAAAUAUUUUUAGUAUAUCAUACAAAGCUCGAAUUGUUUUCUUGUCUCCUGUCUUGCAUUGGACUAAAAAUAAAACGAAAUAUUGCAUGUUCCUGCCACUAGAGGACAUAGCUAAACAACAAAAACACUGUCAAUUAUUUAUUGAGCCUUUGAGGCUUUCAUUAAUAAAGUUCACGAUCAGCUUAGAUGUGUGUGU